CGUGCUUCAGGUGUGCUGUAUAAAAAGCGGCGCGCGCCUCGGUUUCGACAGGUACAUUAGGUGGACUCUGCUUUGUUGUUCAGGACUUAAAGCUGCUUUAAGCUCAAUCCAACAGGUAAGAACAGGCAAUGACUUCACGACCAGAGAUCGGAAGUGACACUUCAGUCUCUAAACCGGAUCUUGACCCACACUUGCCUAAAGAUGAAGUGGUGCUUCCAGCGUACUCCACUGUGGCUCUCGUGGAUUUGGAUUCUGAAUCGAGCAACCCAUGGGACCUUCCUGAACUCCAGGACAUGAGGCCCAAAUGGUCAGAAUUGGAUACAAAGGGAAAAGUUCUCCGAGUCGUGACGUCGAUCGGAAGGUGCAUUCUCUUGCCUGGGUUCCUUUACAUGUUUGUUUGCUCACUGGAUGUUCUGAGUUCGGCUUUUCAGCUUGUUGGUGGAAAAGCAGCUGGAGAUAUCUUCCAAGACAAUGUGGUGUUGUCCAACCCUGUAGCAGGACUCGUGAUUGGUGUCCUGGUUACGGUGCUGGUUCAGAGCUCCAGCACUUCUUCAUCCAUUGUUGUCAGCAUGGUGUCAUCUGGAUUGCUGGAGGUGCAGUCAGCAGUGCCUAUCAUUAUGGGGGCCAACAUCGGUACCUCCAUCACCAACACCAUCGUGGCUGUGAUGCAAGCCGGAGACCGUAACGAGUUCCGCAGGGCAUUUGCUGGAGCAACAGUACAUGACUUUUUUAACUGGCUGUCCGUGUUGGUGUUGCUGCCUCUGGAAGUGGCUACUGGUGUCCUCUACAAGCUCACCAAACUCCUAAUCGACUCAUUCCACAUCCAGACAGGCCAGGAUGCCCCAGACUUGCUUAAAGUCAUCACUAAACCACUCACCAAGAACAUUAUCCAGCUGGACAGCUCGGUCAUCAGUGACAUAGCCAUUGGUGAUCCAAGUGCUCGAAACAAGAGCCUGAUCAAGAUAUGGUGCAAAAAGCAGAAAGUCACGAGUCUGGUGAAUAUCACCGUUCCUGGAGAAGCAAACUGCACAGUUGGUGUCCCAUGCUGGACGGAGGGCAACCAGACAUGGACACAGAAGAACAUAACAGAGACCAUCAACUUAGAGAAAUGUAGUCAUCUCUUUGCAUCAGCGAAUCUGCCAGACCUGGCUGUGGGACUGAUCCUGCUAGCUCUGUCCCUGCUGGUGCUCUGUACCUGCCUCAUUCUCAUCGUCAAGUUGCUCAACUCCAUGCUCAGGGGUCAGGUGGCGGUCGCCAUUAAGAAGGUGCUCAACACAGAUUUCCCCUUUCCAUUUGCAUGGGUCACCGGUUACCUCACUAUCUUGGUGGGGGCAGGAAUGACCUUCAUCGUGCAAAGCAGUUCAGUCUUCACCUCCGCCAUUACACCUCUUGUUGGUAUUGGUGUUAUUAGCAUUGAGCGAGCCUAUCCUCUUACGCUUGGCUCAAAUAUUGGGACAACAACCACCGCUAUUCUUGCUGCCAUGGCAAGUCCUGGAGAAAAACUGGCCAAUUCGCUACAGAUCUCUCUGUGCCAUUUCUUCUUCAACAUAUUUGGCAUAAUGCUGUGGUACCCAAUUCCGUUCACACGUGUACCUAUCCGGCUGGCUAAAGGGCUGGGCGACCGCACAGCCAAAUACCGCUGGUUUGCCGUCGUCUACUUGGUUCUUUGCUUCUUCCUCAUGCCCUUGACAGUGUUGGGGCUCUCCAUCGCUGGCUGGCAGGUCCUCGUAGGGGUUGGCGUACCUGUGGUGGUGCUGGUGGUCUUCGUGAUUGUGGUGAACAUCAUGCAGUCACGCUGCCCACGCUUCCUGGUCCCUGUGCUGCGCACUUGGGCCUUUCUUCCCCGGCCACUGCACUCGCUCAAACCGUGGGAUCGUGUCGUCACCAGGGUGAUGGGCUUCUGUGGGACACGCUGCUGCUGCUGCUGCAAGUGCAGCAAGAACGAACAAACGGACAAGGAAGAGAAGAAUAAGAAGGGCUUGGAGAUGUACGACAACCUCACGCUUUUUGUGGACGAUGAAAAAUGCCAGAUUCAAACAGUGUCUGGAACACAUCUGUAGCAUGUAAUAAAGUGUAUAGCUGAAUAUUACAGGACUGUAUUACAUAAUAUAAUUUAACAGACGUGCUGCUGAAAGGGGCUCAAAGUAGGCUGUGUAGCAGUUUCCCAUGCGGCUUGCGGUCUCUUGUACUCAAGGCUGCGAGAUGGUUCUUUUAAAGUGGCCCAGAAGGAAAUUGUAGAACUAUUCUAACAGCAGCAGAUCCCACUGAACAAAGCUUGGACCUGAAGACGUUCUGCUACACGUUAGCUAGACUAUGCUUGCUGUAUGUUUAUUUUUAGUCUCCUUGUGAAGCUGCUCUCAUUGUAUGGCUGUCUGUGAUGUGCAAUGCGAAAUGAAAAUGCAGAUGGCCUUUAUUAUUAAUUCGUACCUAAGAAUUUAAAACUAUUUAAAGAGUUGUAUUUUUUAAAGGAUUAUAUUUGUAAAGAUUACUUUUGAUGCCUUUUAAGCCCAUGUCGAAUAUGUACUUUUCUUAAAUAUGUGCACUGUUUUUAUGGAUUAAAAAAAAAAAAAGAAAGAAAAUAACCAGAGGAGGCUCAUGCUAGAUGAUUUGUAUUGUAUAUAAGGAUUUUACACCAGUCAGAACUGUAAAGUAUGGCCUGUAAAUAAAUAUGUAAAAAGAAAAAUACUUGAUUUAUGUGGUUAUAUUGGUUGUGUGUGGGUUUCAACCCAAUUUCAACAAAGCAUGCAACAGAAAGCAUAUUCAGAAAAAUAGCUACAUCUAACACACUAAAAUGUUGUUCAGUUUGGACCUGUAUACUUUUUAUGUGCAUAAAUAUGAUAUAAAUAAUACCCAAAGUAAAAUACAGCAUUUUGUAACAGUGUCGUAUAUCGAGGAGUUAACUCUAGACUUCAGUUCCCAUCAGCCACUGCACUGCACUACAUGUCACAUGACCACCUGCGCCUGAUUCACGGUUCUGUUAAUGAGUACACUUGAGUAUAUAUAGCCAUUGUUUGCACUGUUUCUCUGUCUUUCGUUGUCUUAGACUUCCGUGUUUCCAUGUUCCCGUGUUUUGUUUCAUGCCACAGUAUUUUGCCUAGUUGUCUUAGUGUCUUUGUUUUGUUUUUUGUCGUUCGUUUAAUAAACUAUUUGAAAUUCUG